AUGAACACCCCUGGCUCUCUUUCACUGGUGCCCGCGACCUCGGAGCCCGGGAACACCUCCUUGGCCUGGCCCCCAGAUGCUGUCCUCGGAAAUGUGUCUGCAGCGUCAAGUGCAGCAGGGCUGGCUGUCAGCGGCAUUCUGAUCCCACUGGUCUACCUGGUGGUGUGCGUGGUGGGCCUGCUGGGCAACUCCUUGGUCAUCUACGUGGUCCUGCGACAGACAGCCACCCCAUCGGUCACCAACGUCUACAUCCUCAACCUGGCACUGGCCGAUGAGCUGUUCAUGCUGGGGCUGCCCUUCCUGGCUGCCCAGAACGCCCUGUCCUACUGGCCCUUCGGCUCCCUCAUGUGCCGCCUGGUCAUGGCCGUGGAUGGCAUCAAUCAGUUCACCAGCAUCUUUUGCCUCACGGUCAUGAGCGUGGACCGCUACCUGGCGGUAGUGCACCCCACCCGCUCGGCCCGCUGGCGCACGGCGCCCGUGGCCCGCACGGUCAGCGCGGCUGUCUGGGUGGCCUCGGCCGUAGUGGUGCUCCCCGUGGUGGUCUUCUCGGGCGUGCCCCGUGGCAUGAGCACCUGCCACAUGCAGUGGCCCGAGCCGGCGGCUGCCUGGCGGGCUGGCUUCAUCAUCUACACGGCCGCGCUGGGCUUCUUUGGGCCGCUGCUGGUCAUCUGCCUCUGCUACCUGCUCAUUGUGGUCAAGGUGCGCUCCGCCGGGCGGCGGGUGCGGGCCCCCUCGUGCCAGCGGCGGCGGCAUUCUGAGCGCAAGGUCACGCGCAUGGUGGUGGCCGUGGUGGCGCUCUUCGUCCUCUGCUGGAUGCCCUUUUAUGUGCUCAACAUCAUCAACGUGGUGUGCCCGCUGCCUGAGGAGCCUGCCUUCUUCGGCCUCUAUUUCCUGGUGGUGGCCCUGCCCUACGCCAACAGCUGUGCCAACCCCAUCCUUUAUGGCUUCCUUUCCUACCGCUUCAAGCAGGGCUUCCGAAGGGUCCUGCUGCGGCCCUCCCGCCGUGUGCAAAACCAGGAGCCUCCCAUGGGGCCUCCGGAGAAGACGGAGGAGGAAGAGGAGGAUGGAGAAGGGGAGGAUCGGCACGAGGGAGCAGGGAAGCAGGGGGGCCGGGGGGAGAUGAAUGGCCGGGUCAACCAGAUCAUACAGCCAGGUCCCAGUGGACAGGAGCAGCCUCCCAGCAGCACCACCAGCAAGGAGCAUCAGUUCCUACCCCAAGAACCCUCAGCUGGGGAGAAAUCUGACACGCUGCACAUCAGCUAUCUCUAG